AUGGAUGGCCGGGGACUCACUCUUCGCAGCAAAAAUCGCCGCCCCCGUCCCCAGAUUAGUGCGCCGAAACCCAUAUCGGGCCCGCUACCCCAGAAUCACCAGCCCGCAGCUUCUGGCUCUGGCACUGCUUCGUCGGGCUCCGGAUCGCGCGACUAUGCGUCGUCAAAUCAUGCGACGUCGGAUCUAGUCAAGCGAAGAUAUUCCACACGUUUCAAUCAAGUUCCUGAUUUUGACGGCGCCCCUCCGGUUCCGAGUGUACCGCAAGUUCCCUCCGCAUAUGCAGGGCUUGGGCCCCCGCAGCCUAGCAGAAAACAGUCGGCUGAAUCCUCAGGGCCUCCCGAAGUUGAUCUAACUGCCCUACGGGAUCCAAGUUUACCAGUUGAUCGAUAUGUGACCAACCUGCUCGCAAAUGCCUCCGAAGAUGAUAUCAGAGAAUACCAACAGGCCCUCAGAAAGGUCAAGAACCGCACUUCGACCGACCUUCAACAGAAUGUGUAUCAAAACCGCACCCAAUUCAUCCGUAUCAGUCAGGAGGCGGACAAGCUCAAAGGAGAGAUGAAGACUCUUCGCUCUUUGAUGGCUGAACUCACUACUGCCUUGGGACAAACAGCUAUUGGGGAUUCGCCGAACCCCAUGUCUCCUACUUUGGAUGAGCGAGCAUCAAAGCGCAGCAAUCGCAGCUCCGUCGCCAAUCUGGAGAGCAUGUGGAACGUUCAGCUCCAGACGUUAUGGAAAACUGUCGAAGGCUCACAGAAGUUCCUGCCCAUGGUUCCUGGUCGGCAUAUUGUGCUAGAAACUGGAAACUGGGCGGAACUUGACUCUGCUACUUGGAAACCAAGACGCCCGGUUCAUCUCGUGCUUCUAAACGAUCACCUUUUAGUCGCAGCCAAGAAGCGAAAAAGAGUCGACCAGAGUAACCCGAACCACCGCGGUCCAGUCCCAACUAAGCUGAUUGCGGAGGAAUGUUGGCCGCUGCAGGAUAUUGAUAUGAUUGACCUGGGCGCCAACUUGACUGGAUCUGCUCGCGAAGAGGCCGAAGAUCGUGGUAUCACGAAUGCUGUCUGCGUUCGCGUCGGCUCGAAGCCCUUUACAUAUCGUCAUGACAAACGAAAUAGCACCGCCAAGAGUGAACUUUUGGCGACAUUCAGGAAAACUGUAGAGGACCUGCGGCGGACUUUACGCUCAGAAACCGAGGCAGCUGGGAAGAACGGCGAGUCUCUUGGGUUUAUGAGUGCCAUAAACUCCAGGAACUCGUUGUUAUGUUCGCCGAAAUUGGACCUCAGUGAGAAUACAGACAACCCCCGCGACAGGCCUGAAGUCCGCAUUGACGUUGAUGGAAAGCAACAGAACUUGCGCUGGGUCGACAGCCAGGUGGAUGAACUCGACAUUGAUAUCGCGCUUCAGAGAUUCGAAGAAGCUGUCUCAAACAUUGACCGACUGCGCAAAUUGGCCCGUGGCCUCAAAGGAAAUGCCGUCGCGCAGGAUGUAAUCAACACCAAGGUCGAUGAACGAGCUGCGAAACUGGCAGGCAUACUUUCACGGUCUCUGGUUGAUACUCACGGGUUCCCAGUAGCGACGAAAACAAACGUCGUCUGGCUCACCCGACUCGGUUUUGAGGACCAAGCUCGAGAAUCCUACCUCAAAGCUCGCUCCGAUGUCAUCUCCAAACGAAUCCGCACCUACCAACAAUGCUUCCCCUCCGUCAUGACAAGCGCCUGCAUAAAAUGGGCUAAGCACCACCUCGACGCUUUCAACGCCCUCCUAACGCGCCAACUAAGCAGCGUCCAACGCGGUGCAACUGUAUGGCAAAAUUGCAUCAAUAUCGUCCACGAACAGGCUGGCAUCCUGGCUGAAGUUGGCGUCGAUUUUACAGACUUGGUUGCGAAGGAGCUGGAACUGACUGAGGAAGAGAAAGCUGCGAGACCAGAGAUGACAAGGUCAGAAUCACUAAUUAUGGGCUUGGCGGAUGCGGCUAGCUUCUUCAACAUGUACGGCCACUAG